UAUUUUUUUCUCUUCUCACUUUCUCAGAAGCCAAACACUCCUUCACGUUCAUAUACUCUGUUCCCAGGAGUAUAUACAAUUCAGUUACAGUAUUUUCACUUUGCUUCAUCUCAGCCUCUUUUAAUUUGGUUUUUUUAUCACUGUAAUGCGGAGCUGCUGCUGUUCCUGUUGCGGUGAGAUCGAUCGAAGCUUGCGAGUACUGUACUGAGAAUAUCAAGUUUGGUUUGACUUUUUCUAGGAUCGGAGAAAAUGUCGCAGAAAACCCAGGUCCCACCUCCUUUUCAGUCCAUCAAAUCGUUACCAGUUGAUGUUAGGUUCAUGGGUUCACCAGCUUCUGAUCCGAUUGAAAAGUGUAACAAUGUAAAUUUAGAACAUAGUGAUGUUAUCGGUUCAAGUUCCCUUGAAAAUGGUCAGAUAAGGAAUGAGGUUGUUGAGGCAGUUGAUAAUGAGGACUCACCUUAUAGUGGGAGUAAUGUUUUGGUUGAAGAUAGGCCCACUAUGGGUGAUGAAGACUUGGAUUCUAUGGCUUCGCCUAUGCCUUCAAUCUCAGCAUCCCGUAGUGAUCGCAGGUGGGGUGACACCACCUCCUAUGCUGCCAAAAAGAAACUUCAAUCUUGGCUUCAACUUCCAAAUGGAAACUGGGAGCUUGUGAAGAUAGUCUCAACUUCAGGGAAAGAAUCAGUUGUUUCACUGCCUGAGGGAAAAGUUCAGAAGGUGAAAUCUGAAAGUUUGAUUUUGGCAAAUCCCGAUAUCCUUGAUGGUGUCGAUGAUCUCAUGCAACUUAGCUAUUUGAAUGAACCGGCAGUAUUGUACAAUCUUCAUUAUAGAUACUAUCAAGAUACGAUUUAUACCAAAGCAGGACCUGUGUUGGUUGCUAGCAAUCCCUUCAAGAAAGUUCCUUUAUAUGGAAAUGACUAUAUUGAAGCAUAUAAGAACAAAUCUAUUUAGAGCCCGCAUGUGUAUGCUAUUACAGAUACAGCCAUCCGAGAAAUGACACGAGUAAAUCAAUCGAUCAUCAUAAGUGGUGAAAGUGGAGCAGGAAAAACUGAGACAGCAAAAAUAGCGAUGCAAUAUUUAGCUGCUCUUGGUGGUGGCAGUGGGAUAGAAUAUGAAAUAUUGAAGACUAAUUGAAUCUUAGAAGCAUUUGGUAAUGCCAAAACAUCGAGAAAUGACAACUCAAGUCGCUUUGGAAAGCUGAUAGAAAUUCACUUUAGUGAAACUGGAAAAAUUUCGGGUGCCAAGAUUCAAACUUUUUUACUUGAAAAGUCUAGGGUAGUCCAAUGUGCAGAGGGAGAAAGGUCAUAUCAUAUAUUUUAUCAGCUUUGUGCUGGGGCUCCAUCUUCGCUUAGAGAGAAGCUAAAUUUGAUGAAUGCAAAUGAGUACAAAUAUUUGAGGCAAAGUAGUUGUUAUUCAAUUGCCAGGGUUGAUGAUGCUGAAGAAUUUCGCGUUGUUGUGGAAGCCCUAGAUAUUGUCCAUGUCAGCAAAGAAGACCAGGAGAGUGUUUUUGCAAUGCUUGCUGCUGUACUGUGGCUGGGAAACGUCUCAUUUACUGUGAUCGAUAAUGAAAACCAUGUUGAAGCUGUGGCAGAUGAAGCUUUAAUCACUGUUGCUAAAUUGAUUGGAUGCAACAUUGAGGAUCUUAAUCUAGCCUUGUCAACUCGUAAAAUGAGAGUUGGUAAUGAUAUUAUUGUCCAGAAGUUAACACUUUCACAGGCCAUUGACACAAGAGAUGCUUUAGCAAAAUCAAUCUAUGCUUGUUUGUUUGAGUGGCUUGUUGAACAAAUUAACAAGUCACUUGCGGUUGGCAAAAGACGAACUGGCAGAUCCAUCAGCAUUCUUGAUAUCUAUGGCUUUGAAUCGUUUGAUAGAAAUAGUUUUGAGCAGUUCUGUAUAAAUUAUGCAAAUGAGAGAUUACAGCAACACUUUAAUCGUCAUUUAUUCAAGUUAGAGCAGGAGGAAUAUAUCCAAGAUGGUAUUGACUGGGCGAAGGUUGAUUUUGAAGACAACCAAGACUGUCUUAAUCUUUUUGAAAAGAAACCGUUGGGGUUAUUGUCUCUGUUAGAUGAGGAGUCCAUGUUCCCUAAUGGCACAGAUUUGACAUUUGCCAACAAGCUUAAGCAGCAUUUAAAUUCGAAUUCUUGUUUCAGAGGGGAACGAGAAAAAGCCUUCACAGUCCGUCAUUAUGCAGGAGAGGUUUCGUACAACACAACUGGAUUUCUGGAGAAAAACAGGGACUUAUUGCACUUGGAUUCCAUUCAACUUUUGUCCUCAUGCUCAUGCCACCUUCCUCAGAUAUUUGCUUCCAAUAUGCUUGCUCAGUCCGAUAAGCCUGUGGUUGGUCCUUCAUAUAAAGCGGGAGGAGCAGAUUCCCAAAAGCAGAGUGUUGCUACAAAAUUUAAGGGUCAACUAUUCCAAUUGAUGCAACGUCUAGAAACUACUACACCACAUUUUAUACGUUGUAUAAAGCCCAACAAUUUCCAAUCUCCUGGAUCAUAUGAGCAAGGGCUUGUAUUGCAGCAGCUGAGAUGUUGUGGAGUCCUAGAGGUAGUUCGAAUAUCACGGUCUGGCUUUCCUACCAGAAUGUCUCAUCAGAAGUUUGCCAGAAGGUAUGGCUUUCUUCUGCUGGAGAGUUUUGCAUCUCAGGAUCCACUUAGCGUUUCAGUUGCAAUUCUUCAUCAAUUUAAUAUAUUGCCAGAGAUGUAUCAAGUUGGAUAUACAAAGUUGUUUUUUCGAACAGGACAGAUUGGGGUGCUUGAGGAUACUAGAAAUCGUACCCUUCAUGGCGUUUUACGUGUUCAAAGCUGCUUUAGAGGGCAUCAAGCUCGUCUUUACCUCAAGGAGCUUAGAAGAGGAAUUGUCACUCUUCAAUCAUUUGUUCGGGGAGAGAAAAUCAGGAAGGAAUAUGCUGUCAUGCUUCAGAGACAUAGAGCUGCUGUUGUCAUACAAAGACAGAUUAAAAGCAGGGUUGCUACAAAAAAGUUCAAGAAUGUAAAAGAUUCUUCAAUUGUAAUUCAGUCAGUUAUACGUGGUUGGUUGGUCAGAAGAUGCUCGGGAGAUAUAGGAUUAUUGAAGCCUGCAGGAUCCAAGGGGAAUGAAUCAGAUGAGGUAUUGGUGAAGGCUUCGUUUCUGGCUGAAUUACAGCGGCGAGUCCUUAAAGCUGAGGCUGCUUUGCGAGAGAAAGAGGAGGAAAAUGACAUCCUCCACCAACGAAUUCAACAGUAUGAGAGCCGUUGGUCUGAAUAUGAGCUCAAAAUGAAGUCCAUGGAAGAAGUGUGGCAGAAGCAAAUGAGAUCCCUCCAAUCCAGCCUCUCCAUUGCAAAGAAGAGCCUAGCAGUAGAUGAUUCAGAGCGAAAUUCUGAUGCAUCAGUCAAUGCAAGCGAUGAAGUAGACUACAGCUGGGAUACUGGAAGCAAUUAUAAGGGCCAAGAGAGCAAUGGGGUGAGACCAAUGAGCACAGGUUUGAGUGUUAUAAGCCGGCUGGCUGAAGAAUUUGAUCAAAGGAGUCAAGUAUUUGGCGAUGAUGCCAAGUUCCUGGUGGAGGUGAAGUCAGGUCAGGUAGAAGCAAGUUUAAAUCCGGACAAGGAGCUUCGAAGGUUGAAGCAAAUGUUUGAAGCCUGGAAAAAGGACUAUGGAGUGCGACUACGUGAAACAAAGGUGAUUUUGAAUAAACUUGGCAGUGAGGAAGGUGCCAUUGAUAGGGUGAAAAAGAAAUGGUGGGGAAGAAGGAACAGCGCGAGGAUACCCUAAACAUUUAUAUAGUUGUUACCUUACCACCAUCUUUUCUUUCAUUAUUUUUGUCUUACAGUUGAAAGUAUUGCAUAGAGAAAUUGUGAGAGUUUUCUACAAGCGAUUUGGGCUAUUAAAGACUACUCCGGAGCCUAGUGAGUGAGUCGAACAAGUUACAUGUACCCUAUAUUUUAAAUAUGUAAAUCAAUUUUUAUUCCACUGCGAUUUCUGUGUUUGUAAAAUUUCAGCUUGUUAUUUUGGUAUUAGUUGUGCCAUGUACCAUAGAGUUGAUGAAAUUUUACAGUUCAGCCCGGAAUUCUUCUUGAAUUCAAUACAUCACAAGUUAAUUCAAGCAC